AUGGAAGUCUCGUUUGCUUUGCGCCUACCGUCUACCGAUGGAAAUGGAAACUUCCCUCGGUUGCUCAGAGAGUCAGAUGAGAUCUCGCCCCGGUGUGUUGUGGGGAUUGACGCGACGUCGCAUCGCGUUGCAAUGGCGAUCUGCGUACACAUUUUUUGUGCCAUAGCGUUGACGUACGGUCACCGGCUGAGACGAACGAGGAGGCCGAGGGGAGGCCCAAGUAUCCUGGCGGCCCACUCAAAUCAAGGAUCCGAACCGAAGUUAGCUGGAGGCUUGAGCCCGAUCUCUAGAGGAGAAACAAAAUGUAAUGAAGCUAUGCUCCACAGUACAGAGGCCCGGUCCUCCUUUUUCCCCCGCUAA